AUGCAGCGCGCACCAUCUUGCAAAGGCCUAGAAGCUCCGCGCUCGGAAAACGUGCGCUGGGAAGCAAAGCCGGAAGAGUGCGGCCGCAGCGGCGCUGCUCCCAGAAGCCCAAUCAGAGAAGAUCCCAUCAAGGGAGGGGAGCCUUACAAAGUGUUAAAAAGGGGUUUAACUGGGAAACCCUUGCUCGUCAGGAGACACAUCCUAGUCAUGUCUUCAAAGGAGCCCCAAGAUGAUGGCCCAGAGCCCCAACAAGGCCCAGAGCCCCAACAAGGCCCUGAGCCCCAACAAGGCCCUGAGCUCCAAGAAGACCCAGAGCCCCAACAAGGCCGGAGGCGCAAGAGAACCAGGUUCGACAAGAACCAAUACAAGAUUCUUAUUGAUGCCUUUGAAGCUGACGCUUACCCUGAUAUUAACGUCCGAGUAGAACUCGCAAAUCAAAUACAAAUUCCUGAGCCAAGAAUCCAGGUCUGGUUUCAGAACAGGAGAGCGCGAAUUUUAAUGAAGAAUGCCCAGAAGAUGAAAAAGCCCCACGUCGUUCCAGGACCCACUCAGGGGGAGGUCGGUGCUCCAGUUCAGGAUGGAAACGGCGACCCAGUUCCAGGAUCCAGCGAGGGCGGACUUUAUGCGCCAGUUCCAGAAUCCUGUCAGGGUGGACUUUAUGUGCCAGUUCUAGGAUCCAGUCAAGGUGGACUCUAUGCCCCAGUUCCAGGAUCCAGCCAGGGCGGACUUUAUGUGCCAGUUCCAGAAUCCUGUCAGGGCGGACUUUAUGUGCCAGUUCCAGGACCCAGCCAGGGUGGACUUUAUGCUCCAGUUCCAGAAUCCAAUCAAGAUGGCCUUUAUGCACCAAUUCCAGGACCCAAUCAAGGUAAAUUCUGUGCCCCCAGCUUCUCUUGCCAGCAGGGUCCUCUGGCAGCCCAGAGAGAUGCCAGCCACUUCUGGAAUCCAGAGGAUAUUCCCGGUCAAGCUAUUUUCUUGGGGUAUUUUGGUAACAGGGGUGUGAAUAUUGCCUUGCCCAACACAGAAAUUCCAGCUGAAGAGCCUUCUGGAAACCCAAACUGCUCCUUCUUCUCAGGCUUCAGCCCCACUUUUCUUACCACUUCCCAACAGCCCUUUUCAUGGGCAGAAGCUGGCAGUGAAGAUCUGGGGGACCUUGGGGUGCCACUGGCUGGGAACCAGGAGCUGCAGGACUGGAGGCAGCAUCUUCCUUCUGGUGAACAGCAGUCGUGGUGGAACCAGCAGCCUCCACCUUCACCUCUGCCGACAGCUGUGCUGGAGCCACAGGUGCCACCCCAGCAGCUGCUGUCCCAGAACCCUGAGGCCUGGGAGCCACCACAGUCCCAUUCACCCCUUCUGCCAUCUCCAGCCUCUCCAUCCCCUCAGCCACGUCUGCCCCAGGCGCAUCUUGCUUCUCCUCCACGUCUGAUCUUGCCUCAGGCCUAUCCGGAAGAGGUACCUGUGGGCCAUAGGAGCCGAUUCCAUCCCUACCUCCAACAAAGGACCUUGGUGGGACACCGUAGGGCAUCCCAGGCCUCAGCCCCUGCGGCUAUGGGAGCAACACUCGAAGCCCCUACGACAGCAAAGUGA